AUGUCCAGCGGUCGAGAUACUUCGUGGAUCUGGCAUCCGGACUGGAUUGAGAAGCCAAACUCGAGCUCCGCUGGCGUCUUUGUACAUUUCCGCAAGCUGAUCAACCUGGAGCAUGCCCCCAACCGUCCAGUUCGGAUUGCCAUCACGGCCGAUACGAGAUACAAGCUCUACAUCAAUUCGCGCAUGAUUCACGAUGGCCCAGUCAAGGGAGACGAGCAUGCCUGGUUCUACGAUGUCCUUGACAUCCAGCCCCAUUUGUGCUUGGGCAGGAACACUAUCGCGGUCCAUGUUCUUCGGUUCUACCACGCCCCGAAGCGCGCUUCGAGCUUCGCCCGGAAUGCAUACCCAGGACUCUACAUCAAGCCCGAGUCGGAUGAGGGUCAACACGAGGUCAACAUCCAGACAGAUGAGACAUGGAAGACGGCCAUCGACCCCUGCAUACAUCUGCCCGCAAAGGCCAACUUUGACAACUACCUCAACAUCUUCGAGCAGGUCGAUCAACGAGAGAGCCACAAGAUGAGAUGGGUUGCCGGCAGGCCCCAAGGCUUCAAGGUCAACUAUGGCCAUUCCACGCCCUGCAGUCUUUGCCCGCGCAUGACCUCCCUCCCCCGCCGAGAGACGUCAUGGCUCAAAUCGAUCCACAAUGUCAAGAGUUUGCAGUCUCCCGAAACGUGGUCCCUUCUCCUUGACCAAGUUGGAGGGAAUAAUCCCGGCAUCCUCCUGCCCCGGGGCACGACACACCAUGUCGAGUUUGACAUGGAACACUACACGACAGCUCAUGUCAGGUUCUGCUUCGCAAGGCCGUCAACCAGCGGCAGCAUCCUUGACGUUACUUGGUGCGAACGAUACUCGGACGAGCCUACCCAGCGACCCUUCCCCCGGUACCGCAGAGAUAGGGCAGACACCACGGGAUUCGUUCUUGGUCCCAAGGACCAGUACAUCCUUGCAAGCAGCCUGGAUGAAAAGCUUCGCUUGUGGCAUGACGAGUCGGAAGGCGAUCAAGAGACCUUCGCUCCUUUUCAUUACCGAGCUUUCCGAUUCUUCGCCCUGGGCAUUCGGGUCGCCCAGGACUCGGAUCUAGCCCUCAAGCAAAUCGCCCAUUGUCAAAAUUAA